UAGAGAAACCUCAAGCGAAAGCAAAGCAAGCGAUUUUACUGAAAAUCCUCACACUCGUAAGGAAUCUGAGCUACUCGCUCAACCCUACCCAGCAUAGCAAAAAUGCUACGUCAACCGAACGCACCUAUGGAUGCAACAGGUGUGGGUAGGCGGCGGAAACGCAAUAAUUUAGUGGAAUUUGAGUAUGAACGAGUGGACGAUAACAGCGAUGCUGAUGAUGACCACGGAGAUGUGCUUAAAAAUAUGAGAGCACAGAAUUUUUUUAAUAAUCCGCUAUCGGCAUUUCUCGCCACUCUGAGCAGCAUCGUUUUCUGGUGCAUUUAUUGGAUGGCGAAAGCAUUGAUUGCGAUUGCAGGUAUUUUUAUUAUUAUCGCAUUCAUCUGCCCUCAUAAAUGCAUUGAGCUUUUUAAUCACUUUAUGGACCAACACAAAUUGGAGGAGAAAUUCAGAGAGGAAUUAUAAGGAGUUAAGCCAAAAAGCAAUGCUGAUG